UGUAGGGGUGUGACCCAAAGACUGUGGCGUCAUCACGACAGUCGAGUGGUGGUUUGCGGCUGUACGUCCGCAUGGUAACCGCGAGCUGUGUACAAGAGGAGAGGGCAACAGGGAGACGCUUUCUGGAGACGCUGACUGGGAUUUCAACAGGAAAACACCCUGUUCCCUGUCCUCUCGACCUCGUAUAGGUGCUGUUUCUGCUGUUCCCUUGUGGAGACUGCAGCAGACGGACUGCAGCGGCUUUGAUGCGGCGUGUUGUUUGCGCAGACUGACAGCCAGCUGUAAGCUGCCACCACAGAUCAGUAACCAUGACGGCAGAGGAGACAAUCGGCAUCAAGGAGGCAGAGGUGAUCAAGGUGAUGCUGGACUUCCUGAACUCCAGGAAGCUGCACAUCAGCAUGCUGGCCUUAGAGAAGGAGAGCGGCGUCAUUAAUGGACUCUACUCUGAUGACAUGCUCUUCCUCAGGCAACUCAUUCUGGACGGCCAGUGGGAGGAGGUGAUGCAGUUCAUUCAACCUCUAGAAGGAAUGGACAAGUUUGACAAGAAAAGGUUCCGCUACAUCAUUCUGAAGCAGAAGUUUCUGGAAGCUCUGUGUGUAAAUAACGCUAUGUCUGCUGCUGAAGACCCUCACAAUCUGGAGCUCACAAUGCAAGCGGCAGUUAAGUGCCUCCACAGUCUGGAGGAGUACUGUCCGACCAAGGAUGACUACAGCAAGCUGUGUCUUCUCCUCACCCUGCCACGCCUCACCCACCACGCAGAGUUCAAAGACUGGAACCCAAGCACGGCACGUGUCCACUGUUUUGAGGAAGCCUGCGCCAUGGUAGCUGAGUUCAUCCCUGCGGACAGGAAGCUGAGCGAGGCAGGCUUCAGGGCGAGCGGGAACCGCCUCUUCCAGCUGCUCAUCAAAGGGAUUCUUUACGAGUGCUGUGUCGAGUUCUGUCAGAGUAAAGCAACUGGUGAGGCGAUCACAGAGGGUGAGGUGUUGCUCGGUGUGGAUUUGCUUUGCGGGAAUGGCUGCGAUGAACUGGACUUGUCACUGCUCUCCUGGCUGCAGAACGUCUCUCCAGGUGCCUUCUCCUGCGCCUUCCAGCAAAAGACCCUCAACAUCCACGUGGACCGCCUGGUGAAGCCCAGCAAGGCCGGCCACGCUGACCUCCUCACUCCAUUAAUCAGCCGCCUGUCCCCCUGCGCUACCUCACCCUUCCGCCAGAGGCCUCAUUCAGCGGACACCUACAUGUCGAGAUCCCUCAACCCGGCUUUGGACGGCCUGUCCCACGGUCUGGCAGCCCAGGACAAGAGAGGAAUGGAGGCGAACAUGAAGGCAGCCCUCAGUCGGAGCCUAGUGGAGAAUAAUGUGCAUCAGGAGGACGACUCACCUGAAAAGAAGCAACCACAAGGGCUCGAUGGACCCAACACCACACGCACACCUCUGACCCCUGGAAAAGAUGGUGGGCCGCCCUGCAGCUCGGAAACAAACGAGCGUCCUGACUCCACAGAGCACAUCCAGGAGUACUACAGGCAGCGUCUCCGCGUACAGCAGCAUCUGGAGCAGAAGCAGCAGCAGAGGCAGCUUUACCAGCAGAUGCUGCUGGAAGGAGGGGUGAAGCCGCAGGACGCAGCCCAAAACAACCUCACUGAGACCUUCCUCAGUAGAUCCAUUCAGAAGUUGGAGGAGAUGAACGUGGGUAUUGACCACAGAGGAGACGAGGUGAUGACACAGUGGAACGGACUGACGGGGAACACCAGCACUUCCAGUCCCAAAACCACCGACACCCGCCACACCCCAGACACCGGGCCACCACGGGACAAACAAGGUGGAGGAGUCAGCAGCACCCCGUUAAGGACCGGGAGCCACGGCUUGCCCUCCCUCAGCGAGUCCCCCGUUCCUGCCAAUCAAGGUGCUGACAGCAUCAGAGGGUCUUGUCCCACACUCCAAGAUGAUUCUGCGACACGUUGUUCGCAAGAGCCAGGGAAGUCCAAAGCACAGUUUGUUAAAGUAAACCAGCUGGAGGACACACAGGCGGUGCGUGCAGUGGCCUUUCAUCCCUCUGGAGCGCUCUAUGCUGUCGGCUCCAACUCAAAAACCCUGAGAGUCUGUGGCUACCCAGAAACACUGAACACCAGUGGUUCUGCAGUCAAGCAGCCGCCGGUGCGCUUCAGGAGGAACAAACACCACAAGGGCUCAAUCUACUGCGUAGCGUGGAGUCACUGUGGACAACUGUUGGCUACUGGGUCCAAUGAUAAAUAUGUCAAAGUCCUGCCUUUCAAUGCAGACAGCUGCAACGCCACAGGCCCAGACCUGGAGUUCAGCAUGCAUGAUGGUACCAUCAGGGACCUGGCCUUUAUGGAGGGGCCUGAGAGUGGAGGAUCCAUCUUGAUCAGUGCCGGGGCCGGAGACUGCAACAUCUACACAACAGACUGUCAGAGAGGACAGGGUCUUCACGCCCUGAGUGGACACACUGGUCACAUCCUGACUCUGUACACAUGGGGAGGGUGGAUGAUCGCCUCUGGCUCCCAGGACAAGACAGUGCGGUUCUGGGACCUGCGGGUGCCAAGCUGUGUCCGGGUGGUGGGCACAACUUUGCACGGCUCAGGGAGUGCCGUUGCUUCGGUGGCAGUGGAUCCCAGCGGACGCCUGCUGGCCACAGGUCAGGAGGACAGUACCUGCAUGUUGUACGACAUCAAAGGAGGCCGUAUCGUCCAGACAUACCGCCCCCACAGCAGUGACAUCCGCUCAGUGCGCUUCUCACCUGGAGCCCAUCAUCUCCUCACCGGCUCUUACGACAACAAAGUCAUCAUCAGCGACCUUCAAGGUGACCUAACGAAGCCCCUCCCUCAGACAGUGGCAGGGGAGCACUGGGACAAGGUGAUCCAGUGUAGGUGGCACCCCCAUGACAGGACCUUCCUCUCCUCCUCUGCAGAUCGAACUGUCGUCCUCUGGGCACCAGGCCCCUGAGCUAUUCACCAGAGAAACACUGGUCGACAACAGCAGCAGCAGGAAGCACAAGAACACAGUGUCCACUGUCCACUAUCACUUAAUGCUACGGUGUGUGUGUGUGUGUUGGUGUGCAUACAUAUCGUGAGCAUCAAACAUUUUAUAUGCUGCUCAGUUCAGAGUUGACUGUGAGUGUGUAGAAACUGUGUGACAGAUGUAUUUUUGAGGUGGAAAAUCUUGGUUGUGCGUGUGUAUGUUUGCAUACUACUAUAUACUGUAUGUCUUUGUGUGUGUGUGUGCAAGCAAACGCAGCAUUCUUAAAAUGUGUGUGUAAUUAAAAGUAAAAAGGGGAAACAUGGAAUUUUAGCGUUAAUGUUUCUAUUCAGAAUUCAUGUGAGGUUCGCUUAAUAUCUUUUGGCUUUUGUAAAUAAAGCAUAAAGAUGAACCUUUAAGCUACAAAGAUGUAGUUGGCAAAUAUGUAGUUAGAAUAUAGAGAUGACUGAUAAUGCCUGUAUUGAAAGCCAUGAGUAAGUUCACUGCUAGCACACCUUCACGUUAGUUUAGCUUUUUUUCUUACAAUAGCAAACUACAUUACAGUCAGAUGGUGUCAGAUAUUGUUGCAGAAAGCACCAACUUGGUGCAACAUAAAGCAGUAGCUGUCUCUAUAGUUUCUAUAAGAAGCAGUGAGCUGGACUCUUCAUGUUGUGGAAAGAAGCCACGUUUGGUUAUGCAUAUCAUAAUGUGCCUUUUUGUAGAGAUUUUUGGAUGUGUGGAUUGAUUGAGAGAUUUAUUUAUUUAUUUGCAGCUUUAUUUUGAUAUUUUUUCAUAUGCCUCAUCUGUAAAUUAUUGUAAUGUCACUGUAAUGCAGAAACUGAUCACCUUAUUAUCAUUUGUGCACACUUGUAUAGAUUCCCCAAUGUGUUUUUCCCUACGUCUGUUACUAUUGAAAUAGUGAGAGUAAUUGGCGCUUUACGCAAAUGUUGAAAAUACAAUAUGUUCAGGUUGAGCAUUUCAGUGAUGACUUGUUCGUACGUGUGUCUCAGACCAAAAAUCUCAUUUCAAUUUUGUGUUUUAGUCAAACUAAAGACAGAAAUUGCAACGUGAGAAUAAGUAAAUGUUGGGUGUCAAGUUUUAGUUUUAGAAACUAGCACAUUUGAUGUGCAAGUUCAGGUUAAGGGUAAUUUCAAAGAAUGAGCACAGUAAAAGCAAAGCCAAGAGCUCAAUCACUGAUCAGCGCCUCAUAUCACAUUACAAAUAGGGUUGUAACGGUAUGACAUUUUCAAGGUACAUCAGAAAAAAAAUCACGGUAUAUGAUAUUACACUAUUAUUUUUAUCGCUUACAAUGACCCUUAAAUGAAUGAGAACAGAAUAUAAAAAUAGCAUGUAACUAUAAUAUGUUAUAUAACUAAAGCAUGUUAGUUUACAUGUAUAGCAUGCUACUAAACGAACAAUAACAUCAGCUGUGAGUUUUUAAAAUAAUGUCCUAUGAUUAUUAACAUUUAACAUAUACUGUAGGUGUGUGAUAGUGCAGCCUGACUGCUCCUGUCUGCAUCUUUAACUCACAUGCACACUCACUUAGGACGUUUUUGACGGUAUACCGUUACAACUCUAAUAAAAAUGGAGGUAUGUAGUUAUUGCCCCCAAAAACAGAUCAAAAUGAUCAAAGAACUGACAGAAAACGUUAGCAGGCUAAAGUCAAGACAAUGGUAAUGAGGCACUUUAAAGAUAGGAAUGCUGCUGGACUGCACAAUGUGAAAUGACAAAUCUAGGCACAUCUUAAACUUUACAACUUAAAUUUUAUCUUCACUUGUACUGAGCACCUAUGCAGACACCCGAUGGAUGUGAUGGAGAGAGAGGAGGGUAUUAUGCAUCAUAUUUUAUUUUAUUUAUCUGUGGCUCACAAUGGCGUACUGUGCAGUUUUAAACAAUGUCUGUGCACACAAAUGUGUAAUGAUGGAACUGCCAAAGGGGUCAAUGGGGUUCAAACUGUUAAAAUAAUCAAAUACCACAUGUUGUCCUUGCUUUUGAAUAAAUAGGGUAUUUUAAGUUACACUUUGGAGCUGUAAGUUAACUAAUGGAAUAAAGAUACAAAGUGUCACCACA